AUGGUUGUGAAGCUUGCUAAUGAAGUUGCCAAAGCAGCGGGUUUGAAACAAGUCUUAUUAGCGGAAAAUGCUGCAUUUGAAAACUGUUCUGCUGAAGCCUUGACAAAACUUGUUGUUGCAGUUCAAGAGCAAUAUAAAUUUACGCAUAUUAUUGGUGGUGCAAGUUCCCUUGGCAAGGCUGUAUUGCCAAGAAUAGCGGCCAAGUUAGAUGUUUCCCCUAUUUCUGAAAUAAUUGAUGUUAAAGAUCCUGAAACAUUCGUUCGUACAAUUUAUGCCGGUAACGCUAUUCAGACACUGAAGGUGAAAGAUGCCACUAAAGUCAUAUCUAUUCGUGGCACCAGCUUUGAACCAGCUGCAUUAAAUUCUUCUCCAGCUGAAGUGAAAGAUGUUCCAGAGGGUGACUAUAAUUCCGAUUUGACCACAUUUAUAUCCCAAGAACUAAGUAAAUCAGACAGGCCUGAAUUAUCAAGUGCUAAGACUAUUGUAUCAGGAGGACGUGGUUUAAAGUCUGGUGAUAAUUUCAAAUUAUUAUUUGACUUAGCGGAUAAGAUAGGAGCUGCAGUAGGCGCUUCUAGAGCCGCGGUAGAUGCUGGAUUUUGCCCAAAUGAUAUGCAAAUCGGUCAGACAGGGAAGAUUGUUGCACCUGAACUCUAUAUUGCUGUUGGAAUAUCUGGAGCAAUUCAACACUUAGCUGGAAUGAAAGAUUCUAAAACUAUUGUUGCAAUCAAUAAAGAUCCAGAGGCACCCAUAUUUCAAGUUUCAGACUUUGGUUUAGUAGCUGAUUUAUUUAAAGCAGUUCCAGAGUUAACUGGAAAGCUUUAGUAGCUAAUUACUAUAAUUGGCAGCUAUACAAGUAUUGUGCAGGUGUAUUAAUUUUAAUACAAAACCCAUUUUAAUGUGCCUAGGAAUAUGAACACUUUCUAUUAGCUCUGAAUUUUUG